AUGGCCAUGUACACAGUCCAUACGACACCACCGAAAGACGGGAGUGUCGGCUACGUCAACAACUGUAAUUGCACGCACUUCCUGCAAAACAAAUCGGCGUGUAAACACAUCUCCGCCCCAGGACUAGGUCGUACGCCUUCUACCAGCGGUCUCCCUUCCGGUAGUUAUUGUUACGCGCCAAUGGUUCCAGCACCCUUACCCUAUCAGCUCAACAUCGAAAACCCACAACAACCACAACGAAGCGGCCUCCAUUCUGGUACUCCUCCCCGCGCUGUGAAACCACCAACGUCACAUCCUGGUGCAUCUGCAACAUCGGAUCGAUGGCUCCCUGAGUCCUCUCAUUUGACCACUGGCUUGACUGACCCAUCCAGUGACUCGUACAUAGAGCGCUUGUUCUACAACCCUCAUCACCUCCAAUCUACGCCUCCUCCCCACCACGCCGGGCCAUACGUAGGACACCCGCUCUCACAAAACGCCGUACCGUACCCAAACUCGCCUUUUCUCAGGGAGGUUGCCCGGAAUCCACAAUGUGGUCCGGCACCGCCGUUACCCGCUACAUCCUCCAGCCACUUCAUGAACCACUCGGCAACUUCUAAUACUCGCACAUCACACGGAGCCUCAUCUAGCAGCUCUUUCACACCGCGUCGUCACUACUACAGCCUUACCGAGAACGAUGUCCCGGACCUAGCACCACCACCACCGCCACCUACUCAGAUGACCUACCAUCUUGACCCCCAGUCACUAUUCCGCGCCCUCAAUCAACACGUGCCACCACCCGUUCCGCAAGCUUUGCAACGCACGCCAGAGGUUACACCUGCCCCGCCUCGCUACCGUAAUCUUACGCCCCCUGGGCCUCGCGCCACAACGGAACGGCCAGCGGCUCCCGUUCCAGGCGCCAACCUACCGGGAGCUCCGGCUACCAAAUCCAUGUACGACGGUUUUCCUUUCAUCCAAAACAUGCUUCCCAGCGCGGCUCAACCCGCCAACGCGUGCCAUUCAAUGCAAAGCACCCAUCGCACUGAGACUAAUGACCGUCACGUGGCCCACACAACUACCGAUUCGUCUGUAUCGCGUUCAACUACAUCCCACCAUGCCUCGACAAGUUCUCAUCGAUUGGAAACCACCAGGAGUCACGGAUCUACCGACACCGGACCUUUUGUCCUGACGGUAGCCAAAGAAGACGCUUUGCGGGCAGUCGAAUCACGUAACUUCAAACGCAAGGACGAUUUUGCAGGACUUUGUACUGCCCUUCGCCGGAUCAGUGCCGAAGCUCCGUACGAAGCCAAAGACACAGCUCUCUCAACCUACAAUGAACAAUUAGUUGCUGCAAUCCGCAAAGAAGCGGAAACGUUCUUGGCUAGGCUCAGGAACUUCAAUGGCGGCAACAGGCCAAAGAAGCAGCGCCGUUUCUGA